AUGAGCUCCACAAACUGGGGCCCAGGAGCACCCAGAAGCAGGGACUUACUGCUCAGUUUCUCCACUGCUCAGCAGCCACUAGGAUCACACAGCUCUGGGUCAAACAUCAUCACCUCCAGCUCCUCCUCAAGCCAGAAGCUGGAGCUGAGAACAGGAGCAGUGGUGAUUGACCCAGGCACGAGGAGCUGCAGAGCAGGGUUCUGUGGAGAGCAGACACCCAGAGUGGAAAUCAACACACUGGUGGGGUGCCCUGUGGCUUGUCCCCCAGGGUCAGGAGAAAACAGAUCUGAAGCUUCCACUGGAGAGGAAGCCUUGCCUGGCCCUGAGGCUGGCAUGCAGCUGAUGCAGAAGGGCAUCACCACCAACUGGGAAGCAGCUGGAUCCCUGUGGCAGCAUCUGUUUGACCACGAGCUUCAGGUGCCCCCUGAGGACUACCCCCUGCUCCUCACUGAGCCCCCACUCAGCCCCAGCAGGCACAGAGGGAAGAUGGUGGAGCUGGUGUUUGAGGCCCUGGGCUGCCCUGGCUUCUUCAUCAGCCAGCAGCCUGUCCUCACUGCCUAUGCCCAUGGCAGAACCAGUGGCCUGGUGGUGGAUGUGGGCCACGCUGUCAGCUGUGCUGUGCCAGUCCAUGAGGGCUACAGCUUGGCACAUGCUGCCAAGAAGAGUGAGCUGGCAGGGUCCCAGCUCUCCUGGUACCUGCUGAAGCUGUUGGAGGACAGAGGGGAGGUGCUCAGCAGCGAGGUGGCUGAUAGGGUGGAAGACAUCAAGCACAAGUGCUGCUAUGUUGCUUCCAGCUUUGAGGCUGAGUGCCAGCUCCCACCAGGCAAAUACACCCUGGAUUAUGCCCUGCCUGAUGGCCAGGCCAUCAGCCUCAGCAAGGAGAGGUUUCAAUGCCCAGAAAUGCUCUUCAACCCUCCAGCAGCCUGGGGCAUCUCCUAUGCAGGCAUCCAUGACAUGGCCCAGAGAAGCCUCAACCAACUUCCAGAAGAAAUGAAGUCAACGAUGUACAGAAACAUCCUCCUCUGUGGGGGGUCCUCUCUCUUUGAGGGGCUAGAGAGGAGGUUUCACAGUGAGCUCCUCCAAAUCCUGGCCCCCAGCACAAAGGUGAAAGUGGCUGCCACCCCCCUGCGGAGGUACUCAGCAUGGACAGGGGGAUCCAUCCUCACCUCCCUCACCAACUUCCAAACGUGGUGGAUCCGAAGGGAUGAGUACAAUGAGGAGGGGCCACGUGUCGUCCACCAGAGGUGCUACUGA